GACGGGGCGGUGGCAAGCGGCAGAUGUCGAACAUCGUCACCACGCGCGUCUUCAUUUAAUCUGGCAGCCAAGCUUGAAUUUACAUGCUCCAUACACGAGCCAGCCCGAGCAACAAACUCCCUUUCUUCCAUCUUCAAUUCCCAUAACCACCACCCCGGCCAGAGGUAUCUGGGCCUCCACCCAUCCGCAACCAUGAUGGUCGAUCCCUUUGAAGUGCGGAUGCGCUUCACGGCGCAGCUGCAACACCUGAAUGCCUCGGUCACCUCCUCCCAGAAAGCCGCGCACUAUGCGCUCAAGUAUCGCGACAUGGAUGAGGAUCUUCACUCGUGCAUUCUCGAACAAUUAGAGCGAAACAACAUGAACAACCGAGCAAACAUCAUGUACUUCGUCGAGCAUUUCUGCGAGAUGGCCACGCGGGAAGAUCACGCGCCCUACGUCCGCAUGAUCCAGCGCGACAUCAUCCGGAUUGUCGACGCCGUCGCGCCGCCCGACGGCUCCGGGGCCGCGAACGUCAAGCACGUCCGCCGCGUCUUGAACGGGCUGCAGACCAAGGAGAUCCUCCCCGCGGCGACGGUGGCGGAGAUCGAUGCCUUCCUAAAGGAGCGCGAGACGCACCCGGCCCAUUUGGAUCUGGAGGGGGAGGAGGAAGAAGGCGCCAAGGGUGGAGAUGCGGCAGGGGCGGCAGGGGCGGCGCGGGCCAAGGGUGCGACGCCGCGGGGCUCGCGCGGGAGGGUGGACAAGCGGCAGAUCGAGCAGCGCAUUGAGGAGGACCGCGAGCGCAACAAGCGGCUGCGGGAGAGUAUGUGGACGGUCAGCGGGGAUGAUGGCGACGAGCAUGGCCGGUUCUGGGAUGAGGCGAGUGAGAUCGGCGAGGAUGACUUUCUGGCUGCGAAGGAGGAGCUGUUGGAGCGGAAGCAGAUGGUGGGUGCUCGGUGAAGAUUUGCCCAGCUGCGUUGUCUUGUGGUUCACAUUGCGAGAGUGGCUUGUUUGGGUUCUCAUGGUCUGAGGGAGUUUGGAGGGGAGUUUCUGAUGCACAUACUACUGAUACUAUACACAUACACAGCAUGGUUUGGCGUUCUCGAUGGUGUGCUUGUCCUGUGGAAUUGUCUUACGAGUUUCACAGCUCAUGCAUUGCAAGGUUUACAGUUGUCCAGGAUACCCGAAAAGUGGAUACUAUAUCAGCUUCAAUUGAAUUUGACAUAUCG